AUGUCUCAGGUCCCUAAGCUUUUUCCCAAUCAUCCUACCGCUUCCGCUCCUGCGUCUGCUACGAACUCCGCUGUUUCCUCCCGCGAACCCUCCCCGGUCCGACAUUCCUCACGUACCUACAAUCCCACCUACAAUCCUGCUUCGCCCAGCCGGGUAUCUUCACACUCGCGAAAGACCAGUCAAGACCAAUCCAGUCCGACCCGACACUCCAACGGCCUGAUAUCUGGACCACCUACAAACUCACCAACACCGAAUCUUCAACGUUCCUCCUCUUCUCCUGUCAGAUCCCUUGUUCUCUCCGCUCCUGACGACUCGCCGGCCAAUGUUCCUGGUCCGGAAAAGUCCAGUAUGCCAUCAUGGGCCGCGAACCGUUGCACGGAUCCGGAUUCGACCCUUCCGAAUACUUCGCAUAAAAGAUCUUCAUUGCCGUUGGAGGAUUUCGCACCCAAACCAGACCGAAACACAACCCGGACUGUCGCUAGAGGCGUUAGUGGGCAAGGGUCCUCCCUGGAAACCGUCGAAGAGAUGGCAAGCAAUCCCUCUACUCCGUCCAGUGAGACUCCUACCAAGCCGGUGAUCCAGGAGGAAUCACGAUUGCACCGGAUCGAUGAAGAUCCGACUCCACGUGCCCCGCAUCAAACUUUAGGGAGUGGCAGCGACAGUGGUGAGAAUCGAAGUUCGGAACCAAAGGAAGAGACUCGUUCACAGGCGUCUGGUGCGGCCAAACCACCCAAAACUCUGAUGUCACAGCGAUCGACAACAUCACUCAGUGCUGGUGCUCGUGGAAAGCCUGCCGACGGCUCAGUUCGCAACAUGAUUGUAGAAACAGAGACCGUCAGUUCGAUACCACAGGUUUCCAUGGGAGUGGGAAAUGGUGAGCGAGGCAGCGCUUCCCGUGCAGACCAGGGUACACUUCGCAUGAAGCCUUCCAAUGAGACGAUUCGUCCGCGCAAAGAAAAGAAAAAGACCCGUCGACCCAAUUCCCUUCUUACAGCAGGCCCCGUAACAAGCAAAGCCGACAUCUUUGAGGCUAGAGUGGCCAAUGCAGUGGAUGAGGCUGAUGUUUCGGACUCCGACGAGACUUUCGUUUAUGACUCGAACCCGCCUGAUCCAUACCCCUCCCGACCGCCCCGGUAUCAUUCUCGGACUCCUAGUGCGACCUCUAUGGCGAGUCAAGCGGAGCAGUUGGCUAGUCGUACCCGAGGGUUGCGGGAUGCUUCUCACGGUGUGACAGGCAAACGCAGCAUGAAGUUUACCAAUGCCAACCCCUACAACAACAGCAGCGUAGAUGGUGAUGGUGUCGAGAUUGAUAUGGCUUCGCGUUCUUCUAGAACGGAUGGAAAUGGAACCAUCACUCCCCGGCAUCACAAUUUGGGCCGCCUUCAUGGCCGCAACGGCGUGCACCCAAAUCUUUUUGAUAACGACAGUGCAAACUCACAAAGUCAAUCUCAAAAGUCUCCACGCCAUUUCAUUGGGAAUAGCUAUAGGCAUUCGCGUCACAGCAAUACCCGGUUGUCUCCCAACUACAGAACUAUUAGCGGUGCUAAGAAGGGCGGCGAGCUUCAUGGCUAUGACUACGAGGCAGAGGGUGCGGACGAUGAACGCACACCGUUGGUAGGCACACCACGGACAAUCCACAGUCGGAGUGGUCGGCGGCCCAACAGUGCAAGCUUGCGGCAGAUGGAGUACAUGGCGCAGCGAGAACGCGGAUUUUUCGCUCGAUUUGGCUCAUGCGCUAUUAUCUUCCUUAUGUUGUUGAUUGUCGCUGGCGGAGCUACCUCAUUCAUCAUUGCGGCAACCCAACCCCUUCUGGACGUCCAAGUUAUUGCGAUUCAAAACGUACUGGCUUCGGAACAGGAGAUCAUGUUGGAUUUGAACGUGCAGGCCAUCAAUCCGAACUUGUUCCCUGUGACCAUUGAUGACACCGAUGUCAACAUAUUCGCAAAGAGUCGAUUUGUUGGAACCGACAAGUUCUGGCGUGAGCAUGGUGAUCUGGAUAAUUUCCCACGCGUGGAGCAAAGCCGACGUCGCUGGCAGUUGUCACAAGCCGUGAGGUGCCUGGGCAAUGUGGACUGUGUUAAGCAAGCCAUGCCUAGCCACUCCGACCCACACACCACCGACGGGGUUGACGAGGGCACCGAAACCCCAACUGAUCCAGAAGGCGACUCGCGAUCGAUGUUGCUUGGCCGCGUGUUCCACUUCGAUUCUCCACUAUCUUUCGAAUCAUCCCCUUGGAAUCAUUUGACUUCCAGCUCCAAAGGACAGAUCCGUCUGGCCCGGCCAGGAAACAAAACUGAGGCAGGAGGCACAGAGCGCUGGGAGCGAGUCCUCGAACACCCCUUUGAGUUGACUGUCCGUGGUAUCAUCAAAUACCAGCUCCCACUCAGCUCCCGCUAUCUCUCGGCAUCUGUUAGCUCCAGCAUCAAGGUGGUGCCUGAUGCCGAUGACAACGAUCCGGAGCAAGCACUUCCGGCCAACGGCACAGUGCGGAUUUCUGUACCACAAAGAAGAGCACCGUCCAUUCGCCUUCCACUCGAUACUCGUUCCACCGGAUCCGGGGAUUCGAGACGACCUUUUACGGCAUAA